AUGAAUGACACUGCAGAGCCUAUCUCCUCAAAUGAGGAACUUGGGCCAUUAGGAUCCACCAGUAGGACUCAGACCUCAGCUGACAGCACGCAUUUGUUGCAUAAUGAAGCCGAUAUUCGACGCCCACCUGAAAAGGACUGUGCAGAGACUCAGCCUGAGGAAGCAUGUCCUGCUGGAACCGCCGCACUUAUCGAGCAGCUCCGAACUAGACAGAAGGAAAGAGGCAGCGAAGCGUGGGAUGUAGAGGACGCAGACGUAGAUGCUACACGUUUAGCUGACGUAGCAAUUCGUGUCAACCGCUCCCCCUCCGAUGACACAGCUGUUUCAUCACUUGCCACAACUGGUGUGCUUUGCCCCAUAAGGAAGGCGCAGAGUUCUAUCGAUUUUGAGAAUGCUUGUUCCUUGCCAUAUCAUCCGCAAUACUUGCGCGUGGUAAAGGAAGAAGAAGAGGCGGAACUGGAACGACUUUUGCGCCAGUUAGAUGAGGAGCAGCAGGCUGUCCGUGACUUAGCAAUGGUACAAAAAUAUAAAUUGAUGCAAGAGCAGCUAGCUCUAAUUCAGCAUCAAUUGGGCAAAGAAAAUGUCAAAAUCCCUGAGCUUGAGUGGCUUAUGGCCAAUGACCCUGAGAAUACUCAUGAGCUAGAUGAGGUCAUCAAAGCCUUCGCUGCAAGGGAUGACGACCUGCCACAGGAGUCUUCACAGGGGCCAGAUAUACCCCUUACAUGCAAAAACUUCUUCUGCCGGUGCCCCUGGAUAAGUGAGAUGAGAAAAGAUGAGAAGGCGUGGGUUGCACUUAACCAUACACAGGCAACGCCCAUUCGCUCAAACACGCCUGAAGGAGUAGGUCCUGGUCUUGGAGAUGGACUAGGUCUGUGGUCAAACCCCUACAACCUUUUUACUACCACCGCAUGUGGGCCACUAGAGAUCCGAGUAAAGGUCGAACAUGCCAGCAUGGCUUAUGAUCACGACUUCGAUGCUGUGGCAAUCACACCACCUGGACAUGGGAACACAACACAGGUGGAGGAAGAAGGUGGAGGGUUCUGGAAUCCAGCAAACUUUCUUAAAAAUACCCUGGAGUCUUGUCUAGGGGUUGCGUUAGAUAGGACAGUAGUGGUGUCCCACAGCAACUUCGUGACUCGCAAGUUCUUUCUUCCAUUUCUAAUGUCCGAUGUUGCCCUGGGAUUCGUACUCUUUGACAGCUCUGUGGGGACUGAGUGGAUGGACGAAUACGACACAGAUGUAAACGACCACAAAUUUUAUCAAGUUAGGACUAAACAUUAUCGAUAUGUCGGUAAACGGCGUCUAGCAGCUGUGAAUAGUAUACUUCAAGCUUUGGAAGCCCAGAACAAGCUCCCCCGUGUACUGUCAGCCACAACUUUAAAAGGCUAUUGUAGGGCCGAACCAGAGGGUGCAGACGAUGCCUUCCCCACUAACAGUACUCUUGGUCCAUUCGACUUCUUUCCGGGGAAGUAUAAAGAGGCAGGCUGGGACACUGCUAGGCGUCGGUUUCGCGAGAUUCCUCUGGACUACCCAGCAGAUGAAGGGAUGGAAACUCGUUUAGUGAGCAGUGAAUAUUUCGAUCCCCUCCGCGUUGCACUUUCGGCAUUCCUUGAAGAGCUGAAGAGUAUAUCACUUGAGGGCAAGCUACACGUGGAACAGUCACGCCCUCUCCGUUAUAAUAAUCGACAAAUUGAAUAUGAGAGAUCAAGGGAAGCCACCACAGUUAUAGACCCUGACAAGAUAUACUGUGUGCAAGAGCCCGAUGCCGUCAUGCCAGAAAUUCGUUCGGACGAUACAUACCAUUCACAACCAGUGUAUCUCGUUGAUCCACUGAAAUACUGGCUUCAGAAACAAGCCAAACAAACACAAAAAAUUAACAGUACUUCUACCACUACUGUCUCGCCCACGCCUUGA